CCAUCGAGCUUUCAUCUCUGGUGCGCACGAGGCAUUCCAUUGCGCUCUGAACAAGGGGCAAGGACACAAGUGGAGAAAGCCUAUUUCAAGCUAAUUUCAUAUUGUGUAUGCCUAAAUACUAGACAAUUCGGCGUAGAAAGUGAUUUUUUACGGAGUAUAUUGCACAUGUACUUUGUUUAGCAGCGCCUUCUAAACAUGUUGCACCAUUUUGCGAAUGACUUCCAUUUCAGGGCCGGUGGUGGUACUGCUGACGGUACUCCAGUGGGCAGGACGAGGCCUCCCUUCUCCUGUCAGGCCCAUCUGUGACCCCCGCGUCCUGGAUCGCUUCAUCAUGGAGGCCCGCGACACAGAGACCGCUCUGCGAGGUUGCAAGGCAGGGUGUGGAGUGACAGGCACAUUUGUGGUUCCUCUGACAAAUGUUGACUUUGUAGUCUGGGAGACAAAGGAUACUGAGGAGCAGGCUUUGGAGGUCCAGUCGGGGAUGUCUCUGUUCGGCCAGGCCCUGGGUGCUGUGAGGGAGUCAGUGAGCCGUGUUGCCGUGCAGAUCCUCAUCGACAACAACAAGAGCAACAUCCACAGCCUGGGCCAGGUGCUGCGCAGCCUCCACAUCCAGGACCUGCCCCUUCCUCCAGCACCAGCAGUAGGUGACUUAGUGACUAGGAAGGUGUCGUCCUUAUCUGAGCUGCUCCAUGUCCACACCAACUUCCUACGAGGGAAGGUUCGCCUGCUGCUCACCAACGCACCUGCCUGUCAACAGAACAGCACUUGAUUGGAGCUUUCCUCUGUGAUUGGACCGUUGUUUAGAGAGAGGAUGAGGUGAUUGGACGAAGUCUCUGAAUGGCUUACCAGUAUGGAAUGUGUAGACAAGGUGAUUGCUGACCGGACAAAAACUGGUGGAUAAGUAAGUUCCCUGUGGGUGGAGUUGGUGAGAACAUGAAUGAGUGAGAGAGAAAAAAACGGAAGUUCUACAGCUCAUUGACCUCACCAGUUCCUCAUACUACCUAGCAGUACUGCCAAAGAGCUCUGAUGCAUGCAGUGGAAUAAGCUACAGAUGGAACACAUCAUAGAAGAUCAUAUAUAAAGUCCUAAAUCCAAUAAUUGUAUAUUAUGUUCUAUUUAUACAGCUUGCAUUAAACUUGUCUUAACCGUGUUUUUAUAUAAAUCUCUAUUUUCAUAUAUGAGUGUGUCCCUUUUAGUCUUUGAACCAUAGGUUUCUCAUUGAUGCUAAGGUUUAACAUACUGAAGUCAGUGUUUGUGUGUUCAUGUAAUAUACUUGCUCAGUGCCGUUAUAAUUCAGACCACAGGUAC